GAGUUUUGUCUGUAGGAAACGCCUCUUAAGCGGAAAAGAACGCUUGGGUAAUAUAGGUUUUAAAAGCAUUAACAACAAUGGAUAUAGAUCUGGCAGUAAGAAAUGCGGAGCAGGAAUACUUGGAAUUUUUGGACGAUGAAGAAGAUCAAGGGAUUUAUGUAUCACUAGUUAAGAACAUGAUUGAGGAAAAAAAAUGUCGCUUAAUCGUUAACAUUAACGAUCUGCGAAGGAAGAACCCAAAUCGUGCGGCAAGAUUAUUAAAGAGUUCUUUCGAAGAACAGCUUGCAUUUGAGAGUGCAUUAAAACAAUUCGUUGGCAGUAUUGACGUGGAUUAUGUUAAGGAACACGUAGAUUUUUUUGUUGGCUUUGAAGGAAGUUUCGGUAACAAGCAUGUCACACCACGAACGGCGACGUCAAAAUAUCUAGGGAACUUGAUAUGCAUAGAAGGGAUUGUAACUAAAUGUUCUCUUGUCAGACCUAAAGUUGUAAGGAGUGUUCAUUAUUGUCCUGUGACAAAAAUAACUAUUGAAAGGGCUUAUACAGAUCUUACUUCUGUUGAUGCCUUUCCUGGUACUGCAGCAUACCCUACAAAGGAUGAUGAGGGAAAUCCAUUGGAGACCGAAUUUGGUCUAUCUACAUAUAAAGACCAUCAAACAUUGACAAUUCAAGAAAUGCCUGAAAAAGCUCCUGUGGGUCAGUUGCCACGUAGCGUCGACAUAAUAUGUGAUAAUGAUUUGGUGGACUUGUGCAAGCCAGGUGAUCGAGUUCAAAUUAUAGGAAAUUAUAGGUGUCUUCCAGGAAAACAAGGAGGAUAUACUACCGGAGCUUUCAGGACAGUUCUAAUUGCAAAUAAUAUCACCCAGUUAAAUAAAGAGGCUAAUCUUACUAUUUCACACGACGAUGUAGCAAUGUGUAAGAAAUUAGCCAGGCAUAAUCCUUGUGACGAUAUUUUCGAACUACUUGCUAAGUCAUUGGCACCAUCGAUAUGUGGUCAUGAAUAUAUUAAAAAAGCCAUACUGUACUUGCUAUUGGGUGGUGUUGAAAAAAUACUACCAAAUGGAUCACGUUUAAGGGGUGAUAUAAAUAUUCUUCUAAUUGGCGAUCCAUCUGUUGCAAAAUCUCAAUUGUUGAGAUACGUCUUAUGUACGGCUCCACGAGCAAUUACGACUACUGGUAGAGGAUCGUCCGGUGUAGGUUUGACAGCUGCGGUCACAUCUGAUCAAGAAACUGGAGAACGUCGACUCGAAGCUGGUGCUAUGGUUCUAGCUGAUCGUGGGGUCAUUUGUAUCGAUGAAUUUGAUAAGAUGACAGAUAUAGAUAGAACUGCUAUUCAUGAAGUAAUGGAACAGGGAAAAGUCACCAUUGCAAAAGCUGGAAUUCAUGCUAGCUUGAACGCACGAUGUUCCGUAUUAGCGGCUGCUAAUCCAGUUUACGGAAGAUACAACCAGUACAAAACACCGAUGGAGAACAUUGGACUGCAAGAUUCAUUGCUUUCUCGAUUUGAUCUUCUAUUCGUCAUGCUGGAUAUCGUUGACUCCGAACAAGAUCAUAUUAUAAGUAAUCACGUAGUGAGAAUGCACAGGUACAGGAAACCUGGUGAGCCGGAAGGACAGGCUCUGCCAUUAAAUGCAGAUAUGGACAUAUUGACAACGAUAAAUCCAGAUGCAGACGAGGUGGAAGAGACCGAUAACAAAGUAUUCGAGAAAUAUGAUCCUUUAUUACAUGGAAACAGUCGCUCAAAGAGUGAUCAAAUUCUUAAUAUCAGAUUUAUGAGGAAAUAUAUUCAUAUUGCGCGCUGCAUGAAACCAAAAUUAACGGAAGAAGCUAGCAUCGCAAUUGCGGAAGAGUACUCCAAACUUCGAUCGGAAGAUAGUUUGGAAUCCGACGUGGCUAGGACGCAACCUGUAACUGCCCGAACCUUGGAAACGCUCAUUCGUUUAUCAACGGCACAUGCGAAAGCCAGACUCUCUAAGUACGUAACGGUAGCGGAUGCACAUUCAGCCAUUGAGCUUGUGCAGUUCGCUUACUUUAAGCGAGUUUUGGAGAAGGAAAAGAAGAAACGUCGAAGACGUGACAGCGAAGUCAGUACGGACGAUGAAACCGUGGAAAAACGAAAAUCUAAGCGAACCAAAAGAACCGAUACCGCUUCGGGUGAAAAUGGUAAGGAUCCGUAUGAGUACGAUAGCGAAGAAGAUAAGUCACACGUUGAAGAUGCUGUCCAAAGAGCUACCGAUUCUAGAGCACCUGCCGAACCAAUGGCUACUAUUUCUGAAGAAACCAGUCCCGCCAGUAUUACCGAAGACAGACUCAAGGUUUUCUUUUCAACUUUGCACAAACUUUUCAAAGAGGCAAGAACUCAAACGCUUCCGAUGGCCAGGAUACGAGAACAUCUCAGUAGUCAACAUGACCCACCCUUUACGCCAAGUGAAGUUUCAGCUGCUCUCAAUCAAAUGAUGGAUGCAAAUAAAUUGAUGCUCGCCGAUGACAACGUUUUCCUCAUUUAAGUAAAUACGUUAUGUGCUUUAAUGGAUAACGAUCAGAUGAUAACCACAUCGAUGAAGAGUGGUUAUAUCUGUGCAUUAUGUUGUAAAGCACAUUUUAUUGACAGUGUUUUUUUAAAUGCCACUCAGUAGAAUAAGAAGGCUCACUUCGAUCAGUGCUUUUACUAUAGUUCAAAUUUUUUAUACUCGAUAGAGGAUUAUACAAAAUAAAAUAUACCGAAAGAAAAUGA